CUUCCGGAUUUAUAGAAGUUGUCAACAGUUUGCUAAAUAGAAAAACAUGUAGCUAGAUACUGAGACCAGAACCGUUCUUUUAUAGCUGAAUGAGAAAGCAGAACGCUACCCUUCUUUUUCCAGCAAAGAGAGACGGGGGAAGGAGUGACUGGAGACAGAAAGACGGCGCCGCUGCGGAAAGCAGAAGUAGUUAGUUACAGUAGUUAACUAGCUAGCUAUAAUGUUUAGCUACUGUAGCUAGUAGGCUAACGUGUGUGGUGAUAAGUAUAAGUACCAGGCAAGCUAAAAACGGGCUGGUGUGUGUGAUAACUCCAGCCURCUCUCCCUCUCCGUGGCUACACUACUGAUGCCGGUCUCGGCCGGGGCUCCAUGGAAGAGCUGCUAGCACAGGACCGAACAAGGAACGGGACUGCAACCGACUCCCCUCACCCCUGCCCGACACGGUCCCUGCUCAUCUCUCUGGUCCAACGGGAUAUUAUUACCGUGGGGUGAGCCUGGAAACGACCGACCGAGCGAGCGGCGAUGGGGUCAGAAGUACUUUUCCAACUUUUUCUACAACUUUUAUGAAAGGUCUUAUAAUAAAGUUUAGAUUUAUUUAUACCUACAUCAAACUGGUUAAGGUUAUGCAGUGUGUUUGUCCGGCAGUGAUGAGAUGUCAUGUCGCUAGCUCAUAUAGAAGCUACCAUCUCUAGAUGUUCGACAGACACGGUUGGAACCCAGCAUACUGCUCCCGCUACAGAAUCCGGUUAGCGAUCCAGGACAAGAUGAGUGGGGGGAAGAAGAGGAGUGGCUUCCAGAUUACUAGUGUGACGUCAGUCACACAGAGCUCUGGGAAGCUCCACCCAUGUUCAGGCCUCUAGCCAAUCAAAUCCCUCCCUUCAGUCCUCCAGCCAAUCCACUGCUUCCUCCCAGCCUGGCCCUCCCACCAGCAGGGAAGUUUCUCCCAGCCGACGACUCUCUCUCUGAGGAAAUCCAACUCACAAGAUGCUGUGGGGCAGGGCUCCAGGUUCCGAGUUGUCAGAUGGCAGGGCCAUGGAGAACCAUUGCCGGGGCGAUGGACCUGUACGGACUUUCUGGAACGAGGAAGGGUGGGGCUUAGAUGGGUGAUGGACAGCAUGAGACACGCCCACUCUCUGGAGUCGCUGGAGGGGAUUGGUCUACAGAGGGCUGGGGAGGUGCUGGAGGCGAGCUCUGGGACACGUGCGCACACUCAGGACGGGACACCUUGUUCACUCUCAGGGUACCUCCCACUUGCUGGCACAGCCAAUAGGGUCAGAUGGGGAGGGGUUUGGAGGGCUGAAGCCGCUCCUCCUCCACAGCGACCCGCCUCUCCCACACCCUGGAAAGAUUCAACUCGCGAGUGGUCGACUCCAUGCCCCCGCUGCCCAGCCCCCCCACGGAACAUCCACCCCCCUCUACGCCUGGACGUGGACGCUACCGGGAGGUCUCUGUUGAGAGUGUCUCAUUCCCAGCCCAGCUCCCCUGGGCCCCCCCUACAGGGUAGAGAUGGUACGUUCCUACCCAGUCUGACUCCCAUCCAGACUUCUUCGGCCUGGUCCAUGUUCGGCUCCGGGGAGGCUGUCCAUCUGCCGGGGGACGACAGUGGGUCGAGCAGCAGCAUGAUCGCAAUCGACAACAAGAUAGAGCAAGCCAUGGACCUUGUAAAGACCCACCUGAUGCUGGCGGUCAGAGAGGAGUGGAGUUGCUAUGGAACAGAUUAGAGACCUAUCCGAGAGGAACGCCCAGCUGGAAGAGAGAACUAUAUCCUGAGAACUCUGAGAGACAGAGACUGACACAGCCACAAAAUGUUACACUCCUGUAAUGAUCACCCCGUUGUUUAAAUUAGUAAUACCUGUAACAUUACUGAUCAGUGAAUCUGUCAAACUGCAGAAACUAUAAAAAAUAACUGUGACUAAAGAG